AUGGAUGCACUUACUGGUCUUUUAAUCGCCAAUCUCGUCAAGAUAACUCACCUCGAUGUCACCCACAAUUUUAUAAAUGGCGAUGAUAUCCUCAGUAAAGUCCUUCUAUCCAAGAUCUUUGGCCAGCUUCCUGCGUUUCAACGACUUCAAAAGGUGGCCUAUACUAAGAGAUUAGAUCGCAAGGUUUGGGAGAGAAAUGAAAUCUUUCCACAUACUAUCUCUCUCUUCUAUCUACCUACAACAGUCACGGAUAUCAUGGUCAGUAUGUCAAACCCUGAAGCCUUCAAGUGGCCAGCAGGGGAGCCUAAUCUUAAUCACCUGACAUCGCUCAACAUAGGGUGGUCUAUUGAGCCAUAUGUGGCCCUAAUACUGGCCCAGACGCGAAACCUCAAAUCACUCCAUUGGUCGUGGAUCUAUCAUGUGUCCCCGAACGAAGACAUGGAAGAACCUACUCUAGACUUUGAUGAGAUUAUUGAAAUCCUAUCAUUUGUUAGUAACUCACUGGAGACAUUUGUUUUUUCCAUGGAAAUUGGAGGUGAUGAUUAUGAAAGAAUAAUUGACGAUAUGGAAUUCUCGGGGUCUUUUAGAGGUCUUAGAGAGUUCGAGCACCUCAAAUUUCUCUCCGUACCGCUGGUAUGCCUGGCAGGUUUUGGAGCCGAGCCUCUACCUCUAGAGGAAUCCACUCCUGCUGAUUUGGAGGUUAUUCAUCUCCGAUGGGACGACCUGGCCGGAUUUGGAGUCGAAGUCGGAUGGUAUACUGGGAGUUCGCUCGACCUUCUCGACCUUGUAGGUCGGAUGA